UUCCGAGAUGCGGAUGUUCGGCGACAAAGAGCUCCGUGGAAACAUCAACAUUUUAUGGUGUGGAAGAAUUAAAAAACUGCCAUACUACAAACUCAGAAUUACAUACUUUAUCGGUUGGUAAUUUAAGUGCGUAUUAGAAGUAUCCAAAUUGUGUUUCAGGCCAAUAAAUGGGAAAAUUCCCAUCAUCGUAAACGUGGCAAAAAGAAACGUUUUCAAACAAGCAGGACAGCACUCCAGGUGAAACAUCUGAAAUCUGGAGGUUUUAGAGAGCAAACAUGGAGUUUAUUAAAGAGGAGAUUGAAGACAUGAGUUAUACAGAACCAUGCAGAGUGAAAAAUACAGAGGAACAAAGAGACAUGAUAAAAGUCAAAGAGGAAAAUCAAGAACUGAGUGAAGAGGAGGAGGAAUACCAGUAUCAGGAUCCUCGUAAUUUCACAACUGGAGAAGAAUCUUUUAGUUUCACAGAAAAUGUAAAGAGUUUUUCAAAAGAUACAGCUCAGAGACCAGGAGCCAACAAUUCUUUCAUCUGCCCUGAAUGUGGAAAGAGUUUUGCACAUAAAGGGCAUUUUAAUGAGCACCUAAAAAUCCACACUGGAGUGAAGCCUUACAUCUGCCCUCAUUGUGAGAAAGCUUUCACAUGUAAAGGACACCUUAAAAGGCACAUUAGAAUUCACACUGGAGAAAGGCCUUAUACAUGCUCUGAGUGUGGAAAGAGUUUCAGAUGCCCAGCAAAUCUCAAAGAUCACCAGCGCUCUCACUCUGGAGUGAGAGCAUUUGAAUGUGAGCAGUGUGGUAAAAGUUAUAUUUCGGCAUCAACCUUAAAUGCUCACAUGAAAACUCAUUCAAAUGAGAAGACUUAUGUGUGUGCUGUGUGUGGAAAGGGUUUUUUCCGCUUGGCUUGUUUACAUGCACAUCGCAAAGUACAUACCAGUGAGAGAUCUCAUAUAUGCUUUGAGUGUGGGGAUACUUUCAUUAGAUCCAGUGCCUUGAAACAGCAUCAAAAAAUUCAUACUGGAGAGAAACCUCACAAGUGUUCAUACUGUGAAAAGGGUUUCACUCAUUCAGGAGCCUUGAGAAGACAUGAGAGAGUGCACACUGGAGAGAGGCCAUAUCAUUGCACUGCAUGUGGCAGGAGUUUCACCCAAUCAAGUGAUCUGCAGAAUCAUAUAAAAAAGCCUUGCCCAAUGUUGUCACAAACUGCACAAAGUUCAUCUACAGUUGCAAUGUAAAUAGUGUGAAAUUCACAAGAUGGUGUAUUUCUUGUGAAAGUUGUUGAAAAUGUCCUGGUCAUAUAAUCUUAUUUCGGCUGCUCCCAUUAGGGGUCGCCACAGCGGACCAUCCGUGAAACGCAUAUUUGACUUGGCACAGGUUUUAUGCCGGAUGCCCUUCCUGACACAACCCCCAGUGGCUGGGGGACUCACACUAUGGCGGACCGGCCAUAGGGAGAACCAGGACUUUUCCUGGUGGGCCAGCCACGAAACGGGGCCAAACAGGGGGUGAUAAGCUGAAACGGGCUGCCACAUUAUGCCGAACGUGCCGUGACUGGCUGAAGAGGGCCGCACUCGGGCCGGUUUCUCUUCCCAGUCCGCCCCUGCUACGGGGCAUUAAGAUUUUUUUGCAUUGUUACAUUAAUUUCAGGAAAAAAUUUUACCCCCCCAAUUAUCGUAACUGUAACGCGUCCAGAUUAGUGGUGGUGAUUUUGAUUAGUUUUAGUGACUCGAUUCUUGUGAUUAUGUUCACCAAAAAGAUUUGUUCAGAUGCGUUCACUGACCAGAUCUUCAAGUUACGCCUUUACGUCUGCAGAUGGCGACAUGACCGUCUUUUAAGUAAUUGCAUUGAACAGAAAGCAAGUCAACAUGACCGUCUUUUAAGUAAUUGCAUUGAACAGAAAGCAAGUCAACAAGUGUAAUGAUCCUUUAUUAAAAUUAUACCAAGAGACUUUUCCCCACAAAUGACAACAAAGCAUAUCUAUCAUACUAUGAACUGCUGAGCACAAUUUUUUAAAUUAAGCUAUACAAAAAUAAGACAACAAUACUAGCCUAAAAAUAAUUAUGAGUUUCAAUAACGUCUGUAUGUCAUUGUAAUGUGUGGUCAUCACUCAAUUUUAUUCAUAAUUCAUCUGACAGUGUGCUUAGUUUGCCUAUUGGGAGGACCGGCACUGAACUGACUAUUUCAGUGAAGGGGUGUAUUCGUUCAGUGGGUUCAACCAAUGAUAUGCUCCAUCACAGCCCGCUCUCGAAUGCUAUUGGCUCACGUUAAAAUCAGUCUUUAAUAGCAACACAAAGGAGGACAAAUGGAAUUUGCAUGUCUACAAAAGUACGAAGACACUUUUAAAAAAAUAGUUUAAACAGCAUAAACGUUUCACCACAAAUGUCAGGCCUUAAUUUAACUAUAUUUUGUCAAAUGCUUGGCUUAAUUAUUACCAGUACAAAGAAAAAGUUAAAGAAAUACCAAACAUCAUACACUGUGCAUCAAAGCACAACAUUUCCAUCUUUAGUUCCUGCUAUUUUAACUGUAUGGUCUUCAGUCAUUUUUACACAUUCAUAAAUUGGGGAUCAUGUUUUGUGUAUACUUAUAAACUUUUUAACUUUAAGUGCAUUUCACCCGUCUCGCCUUGCUGAAUGUGAUUGACUCACAUGCUGAACUGAAUGAACGACAUGCCUCUAUCUCGUUCAUUCAUUCAACAGAUCUUCAUUCACGAGUCAUUCGCGAACAAGUUUACCAUUCAAUUCGUUCACAAAUGACGUUUCAUGUCGUUCAGACUCAAAUGAUUGACUAGUUCAGUGAAGGGGCGUCAGUGGGUCAAACCAAUGAUAUUCUCCUUAACAGUGAGCACUCAAAUGCUAUUGGCUUGUGCUGUGGUCAGUUUUUACAGGUAUAAAAAGCAGUAGAGCUCAUUGGCUUCGAAAGAGAGAGAUGUCAGUGAAUGAAAAAUAUGAGUCAGUGUAUGGAGGUGAACGAGGACGAUUCGUUCACUUAAAAGAUUAGUUCAAAAAGACCGAUUCAUUCACGAACGAAACAUCACUUGUCCAGAUGUUUUAUAUUUAAUAUUUCCAUUGUUUUCAGUGAUGAUUAUUAUUACCACAACACAGACAUCUUUUUUUUUUUUUUUUUACUGGAGGGUACAAGGGGUUAUAGGCUCCGUGGGGUAAAAGGCUCCUUUGAUUUUAUUUUCUCCCAAAACACUAAAUAGCAUCAAAAACUACCACAGGACUUUCCUAAACACCUGUUUGUCACUUUACACUGAUUCAUGUUCAUGAAAUUAUUGCGUGUAGUGUCUAAAGGUUGAUUUUGCAGCAAUUUGAUCUAAUAUUUAAUAUUUUUAAAAUUUAUGUAGCUUAUGAAAUUAUCACAUGUAUUUUGAGAAAAAAUACUUAUUUGUCAUUUUCAAUUUUGAUCAAGGUGAUUUUAUAUAUAUAUAUAUACAUAUAUAUAUAUACACAGGUGCUGGUCAUAUAAUUAGAAUAUCAUCAAAAAGUGGAUUUAUUUCACUAAUUCCAUUCAAAAAGUGAAACUUGUAUAUAAUAUUCAUUCAUUACACACAGACUGAUAUAUUUCAAAUGUUUAUUUCUUUUAAUUUUGAUGAUUAUAACUGACAACUAAGGAAAAUCCCAAAUUCAGUAUCUCAGAAAAUUAGAAUAUUACUGAAGACCAAUACAAAGAAAGGAUUUUUAGAAAUCUUGGCCAACUGAAAAGUGUGAACAUGAAAAGUAUGAGCAUGUACAGCACUCAAUACUUAGUUGGGGCUCCUUUUGCCUGAAUUACUGCAGCAAUGCGGCGUGGCAUGGAGUCGAUCAGUCUGUGGCACUGCUCAGGUGUUAUGAGAGCCCAGGUUGCUCUGAUAGUGGCCUUCAGCUCUUCUGCAUUGUUGGGUCUGGCAUAUCGCAUCUUCCUCUUCACAAUACCCCAUAGAUUUUCUAUGGGGUUAAGGUCAGGUGAGUUUGCUGGCCAAUUAAGAACAGGGAUACCAUGGUCCUUAAACCAGAUACUGGUUGCUUUGGCACUGUGUGCAGGUGUCAAGUCCUAUUGGAAAAUGAAAUCUGCAUCUCCAUAAAGUUGGUCAGCAGCAGGAAGCAUGAAGUGCUCUAAAACUUCAUGGUAUACGGCUGCGUUGACCUUGGACCUCAGAAAACACAGUGGACCAACACCAGCAGAUGACAUGGCACCCCAAACCAUCACUGACUGUGGAAACUUUACACUGGACCUCAAGCAACGUGGAUUGUGUGCCUCUCCUCUCUUCCUCCAGACUCUGGGACCCUGAUUUCCAAAGGAAAUGCAAAAUUUACUUUCAUCAGAGAACAUAACUUUGGACCACUCAGCAGCAGUCCAGUCCUUUUUGUCUUUAGCCCAGGCGAGACGCUUCAGACACUGUCUGUUGUUCAAGAGUGGCUUGACACAAGGAAUGCGACAGCUGAAACCCAUGUCUUGCAUACGUCUGUGCGUAGUGGUUCUCCCCCACAUUUUUGAAUGGGUUUUGUUUCACAAUCCUCUCCAGGGUGCGGUUAUCCCUAUUGCUUGUACACUUUUUUCUACCACAUCUUUUCCUUCCCUUCGCCUCUCUAUUAAUGUGCUUGGACACAGAGCUCUGUGAACAGCCAGCCUCUUUUGCAAUGACCUUUUGUGUCUUGCCCUCCUUGUGCAACGUGUCAAUGGUCGUCUUUUGGACAACUGUCAAGUCAGCAGUCUUCCCCAUGAUUGUGUAGCGUACAGAACUAGACUGAGAGACCAUUUAAAGGCCUUUGCAGGUGUUUUGAGUUAAUUAGCUGAUUAGAGUGUGGCACCAGGUGUCUUCAAUAUUGAACCUUUUCACAAUAUUCUAAUUUUCUGAGAUACUGAAUUUGGGAUUUUCCUUAGUUGUCACUUAUAAUCAUCAAAAUUAAAAGAAAUAAACAUUUGAAAUAUAUCAGUCUGUGUGUAAUGAAUGAAUAUAAUAUACAAGUUUCACUUUUUGAAUGGAAUUAGUGAAAUAAAUCCACUUUUUGAUGAUAUUCUAAUUAUAUGACCAGCACCUGUAUAUAUACAUACAUAUAUAUACAUAUAUAUAUAUACACACACACAAAAGCUAUAUGUGUCCAAUAUGUGAAAGAAUAAUAUUUGGGGUAAAAAGCCCCACUGUUGGCCCCUAUAAAACAAAGUGGGGCGAAUAGAUUUAUGAAAAAUUUUCAAAGUGGACUCACAUUGACUCAUCAUAAUAGAGAUUAAUUUGUUUAUAGGAUACUUGAUAUGUUAUGAAAUGCCAAAUGUGAUUAAAAUUAUCUAGAAAUCAUUCACCCUUUUCUGAAGUGGUUAUUUUGAAUAAACAUGAUCUUAAUUUGUUACUCAAAAAAGCAUCUUGCUGUCUCAAAAGUAUUUGCAUAAGUUGACAAAUUGUGCCUAUAACUACUGCCCUACACAACAUCAAUGUAACCUAAGAAAUUUUUUUUAAAUCAAAAUCAGUGAAAAUGCAAGGCAGUAUCAAGGAAGUGCUUCUAUGAUGUGUAAACACUUUACACUUUUUUUAAAAAAAUGUCAUGUUGCAGAAAUGAGAAUAUAAUAAUGACCAACUUUCUUUGCAUUGCAGUAAUGAUAAUUACAGUGUUAAAUCUAUUGAAAUAUGACAUCAUAUAUCAGUUUCUGUGAGGAUAUGUGCAUCCCUACUAGGACAUUUUUAUCAUUCAAUAAUGAUAAACCAUGGUUUAAAGGAAAACUCAGAUAGCUUCGUCAUGCCAAAGAGGAUGCUUAUAGAAGUGGGGAUAAAACAUUGUACAACCAGGCCAGGAACACACUUACUGAGGAUAUCAGAGUGGAUAAAAUAAGCUACUCUGAAAAUCUGGAAAAACUGUUUUCAGCAAACGAUCCUGCAUCUGUGUGGAAAGGCCUAAAAAGCAUCACCAAGUACAAGACACCCCCCCCCCUCGCACUGUAGAGAGUCAACUAAUGGCUGAUGUUUGAAAAGCCCAGUCUCACAGCCCUCCCCCACUUCACACACACCAAUGCCUCCUGGAACCCCCCUCCUGCUACUCAAUCUGCACUUAUGAUCUGUGAGGAGGAUGUGUGCUGGGUCUUUCGGAAACAAAAGACUAGAAAAGCUUCAGGCCCAGAAGGCCAACUGAUCCCCAUCUUCACACCGAUCUUCAAUAGAUCACUGGAGCAGUGUGAAGUUUCCUAAUGCUUCAAAUGUUGCACCAUCAUUCCGGUCCCCAAAAAAACCAAAAUCACAUGACUUAAUGACUACAGACCUGUCACACUCACAUCUGUGGUCAUGAAGUCAUUUGAUAGACUGGUUUUGGCCUACCUGAAGGACAUCACUGGACCCCUGCUGGACCCUCUUCAGUUUGCUUACCGAGCAUACAGGUCUGUGGAUGAUGCUGUCAAUAUUGGACUGCAUUAUAUCCUGCAACACCUCGACAGACCUGGGACUUAUGCAAGGAUCCUAUUUGUGGAUUUCAGGACAGCCUUCAAUACCAUCAUGCCUGAUCUUCUCUCAACCAAACUGACCCAGCUCUCCAUGACCAUCCCAAUCUGUCAAUGGAUAAUUAGCUUUCUGACACUGUUAGCACUGGUGCUCCUCAGGGAUGUGUUCUCUGUCCACUGCUUUUCUCCUUGUACACGAAUGACUGCAAAAGACCCCGCUGUCAAAAUCCUGAAGUUUGCAGAUGACACCAUGGUCAUCCGCAAUGGUGACGAGUCUGCAUUCAGAUGGGAGUUUGAUCAGCUGGCUGUCUGGUGCGGUCUCCCCCCAACAUUCUGGAAAGCACUUUGGCAGCAGAGUCAUUCAGGUUCCUGGGCUCUACCAUCUCUCAGGACCUGAAGUGGGACACCCUCAUAGGUUCCAUUGUGAAGAAGGCUCAAUAGAGGUUGUACUUCCUUUGUCAGCUGAGGGAGUACAACCUGCCACAGGAGUUGCUGACACAGUUCUACUCGGCCGUCAUUGAGUCUGUCCUGUGUACAUCUAUAACUGUCUGGUUUGGUUCAGCCACCAAAUCAGACAAAAGGAAACUGUUGCCCUCUGGCCAGCGCUACAGAGCACUGAGUGCCAGGACAUCCAGGCACAAGAACAGUUUUUACCCUCAGGUCAUUUUCCUCAUGAACAAUUAAACUGCCUCAGGACUCCCCCAUAGUGCAAUAAUGUAAAUACUUAUAUCAUGUACAUAUGUAAAUUCACAUACAGUGCAUCCGGAAA